GCUCAGCUGUGAAACUGGGAGAAUGGACCUGGAACAAACUGUUGCUGCCCUGCAGUUAGAAAAUGAAAAACUCUGGCAGGAGAAUGAACAGUGGAAGUUGAUGCUAAAUGUAGUCAAGGAAAAUGUAGACCUGCGAGCCAGGAUGCAGAGCUUCAACAAUGCUCCUCAGGAGAUCACAGGAAGAAAACCAUCCAGUCUGUGGCAAAGCACCUUGGACGACAGAGAAUUCAUAAAACACUUGAAACAAACCAAGUUCGAACAUGAACACCGAACCUCAUCCCCUGUCAACUUCAAGUCUUUCAUCCAAAGCUCCAUGUACACAGACACCUGUGAGGAGGCAGAGUGUCAAAGCUGCCAAGCUGUUAUUCCUCCAGAGGUCAAAGUUGCAGACAGGCUGCUAGGAGAGAUUGCCUACCAACUGGAUAGAAGGAUUCUGUCCCAUGUCUUCCAGGGCCAUAAGAGGCUUUAUGGUUUCACUGUGCUCAACAUACCACACAAGAUCAUAGAGGUUACCACACACCCGCUGACAGGGAAAGUAGACGAAGGCUAUCGGCUUCAUCUCACUCAGAGGCAUGCUGACCUCAUGGACCAGUUGAAUCAGCUCGGGUAUAAAAUAGCACUUCACCCUCCUUUCACUGAAUUUAUUGUUAACACUUAUGGGAUCCUGAAGGAGAAGCCUGAUGAACACAGCACCCAGGCUAGGGACUACAGUGAUCCAGACUUUCUGAGGAAGCUGAUAUUGAACACAGCACCAACAAAACUUCAGAAACACCUGCUGCUUGUGCUCACCUGUCUCUGUAACAUGGCCGAGAAGGACAAACUGCCUCUUCUUCUCUGGUAGAUGUGACUGUAUCCAGAGUUACAAUUCCAUCUGCAAACUGGGAAUAAACACGGAUAAAGGAAAUGACAUGAUGUGCUUAGAUUUUGUGCACACAGAAAAAUGUCUGCCUGCCAGUCAUAUAUUCAGAGUUAUGUAUUUGUUUAUGUACACACUUGGAAAUAGGCACUGUGAAAUUGAACAUCUAAUUUAAUUGCAGCCAUAAACACAUAAAGCACUAAGUUUAUCAGUCUGUUUCAUAUACAAAAAAAGGUGGGGGGGAGUAAGACAUCCAACAGUGAUUUGCUAUUUCAACCAACAUUCAAUAACAUACUGAGGCAGUAUAAAUGUUCAUAUUCUGUGAAAAACAUAAUCCAUUAAGCCAUACUGGUGUCAACUAAGUAGCAUAUUCCCCACAUUGUGGAUCAUAAGAUACAGCCUCAUGAGUGAGUUUCUCAUGGAUAUCUAGCUCGAUAAUGAGAUUGAAUUGCCAUUUUGUUUCCAUGCACGAUGAACAAGAGAUACAGGCAGCAAUUCAAAGGUCUAUAUUUGGGGAAGAAAUGUGUUUCAUGACAAGUUAUAAGUCUGGGGUUGGAGCAGUAUCAUUUGAGGGACUAAAAGCUAUAUCAUCAGGAGUUUGUAGCAGGUCUUCCCAUUCUCUCACUACAGUAUGUGCCUGUUCUAACAGGUGAAAUAAUCAUUUUAACUAAAUAAAAUUUGCAGGAGGACUGAGGGCUCCAUGCCAGGCGACCACUACCCAGCCUCCUGCUAGUGAACGUAAAGCCCAUGGAAAACAAACUGGAUGAGCUGAGAGCCAGAAUUAUAAGAGAGUGCUGCGCUCUCGUUUUCACCGAAACCUGGCUGUCAGACAAAGUUCCAGAAUCCGCAAUCCAGCUACAAACACAUUCCGUGUAUCAAGCAGGCCGGACGCCAGACUCUGGUAAGGUCAAGGGAGGAGGUGUGUGUGUUUAUCAACAACCCGUGGUGUGGAGAUGUACUGACUGUCCACAAGCACUGUUCACCAGAAGUGGAGUUUUUAUCGCUGAAGUGCCGACCCUACUAUUUACUAGUGAUGUGUCGUUCACGAACGAUUCGUUCCUCCUGAACGAAUCUUUCCCAUGACUCGAGAACAUCGGGUCAUCUCGGGGAGUGAUUCGUUCACUUUGUGUUGACCGCGCAUGUGCAACAUCGCAUAAGAUUAGUAAACCUUUGGAGUCCUCGGUUUCCAGUGUUCGUUUUUGUGACGUGACCGCUUUGUUGGAUACAGAAAUUAGUAAAUUUUCAACCGUCCUUACAGUUGUUUUUACUCUUACUGUUACAUGAUGCAUUUAUUUUUUUUUAUAAAAUAGCUUAUUUCCU